AUGUUGAAUUACAAUGACAACGAACAAGCCCUUCAGGCAUUCUACGGUUCGUCGGUACUAGAACCUCGCACUAUUGCUGACUUCACCAAAGUAGAUGAUUUACGCCCUCCAGAGGACCUCGAUCAACUAUCUACGGAUGAGCAGUGUGCUGUAUUGGUCAACUUUUUGAAGGACGCCGACGACGCUCAUACUUCAGCCUACCGCUUUGGCGGUGAGGAUCUCAAGGAUCCAUUGACUGGUCAAGAUUUGAUGAGUUUAUUACUACGAAAAGGAGUCAUUGGCUCUGAGAAUGACCAGGAAUUGACGAAGUACGUAGUAUCUUCGCAGAGUUUCAAUUCCCAAGCAUACUUGUCUGUCGUUCACAAGGACACUCCUAUGGAUCAACUCGUGACGUCUUUGGAUAUGCUUGACAAGAGUAUAAGAAGCCAGACAUCUCAAUUGAAGGCUGUUCUUAAUGAGAAUUAUUCGAGCUUUGUCGACUGUAAAAAAUUCAUCGACGAAGCUUUGGUAAAUUUCAAGAAUUCUAAAACCCGUGCACAAAAGGAGAGUGAGAAAUCAAGAGUUUUCAAUCCCAGCUCCCGCUGGAAUAAAAAGCUUCGAGUCGGAGAAAGCAUAUCCUCUCAAUUGGAGGAGUCCAUCAAUAACUUGAAUAUGUCUUCGUCCCUAAUGAUCCGUCCAAUUGUGAAGCAUAAUGACAAAGAAGCCAAACUCUCAAGGCUAAUUGAGUUCAUUCAAAAAAAUAAAUUUUUUUUCGAUCUUCCGAAAAAACUUGUGGACUACCUCUCGCUGCACAACCAUGACCGCUUCAUCGAUGACUACAACACCUUUUUAAAGGAGAAAGAAUUUAUUGAGCAUAGACGUGAAAAAGCUCUUCAAAAAGCGCGAAGCACAAACGAUGAGGUUGAGGUCAAAAAAGUUGAACAAGAGUAUACCUUAUAUUUCACAGUGCUUCUGCGAGCGUUUUUGGAAAUUGACAAGAUCGCUGAAGAAUUUAGAAAAAAAGCCUUUCGUGAUCUUCUCUCCAUGGAUCACGAGGUAACGGUACAAGGAAGAAGCAAGAAGUCCGCCCUGGACAUCAAAUUUAUUGAUUUGGUGGACAAGUUGCACCGACUCAAGAAUAAGGCGAAUACCAAUCCAAUUUACGAAUUCCUCAAUGAACAAUUAUCGAAGGUCAAAAAAGAUUUAAGCUAUCAAGAUGACAAGUUCGAAGCAAAAUUCACCAUGAUGCAGAAGAAACUCUUAGACUACAUCACAAGCUUAGCCAAUCAAAGAGAAGGGGGAUCCAAUGUCAGGCACAUUGAAGAGAAAUUUGAUAGUGUUGAAGAUUACUUCGGCACAUCUUCCUCCAUCAAAACAAUGGACAUCGAUGAAGCGAAGGAAACAGUAAUCGUGGAGAUGUUCAGUAGCGCUGACAAUCUAGACCUUUCCAUCAUCAACGAAACAUGGCUCGUUCUACUGAACUACAUCAAGUACCUCGAGGAAUUUUUUUCAAAUGUGGUGCUGAAGUUUGUAAAAAACUACGUCCAUUACGCUGAUCCACAAAGCGGCUUCACUAUUGAUGAAAAUGGCACUUUGAGAGAUGCUUUCUUCCAACUAUGUACUGACGUGGUAGCCCACGUUGUCAGUAUUUUUGACUGUGAAGCAGAAGUUGAUCAGAUCCGUGUAACGCCCGCUAAUUAUCCGAAUUUUCUUCCGCCGCAUGCCAACUCGCUUUCAACGAUCUUUCACUUGACUGACAUCAAUACUCGCAUAUCUCGGUUGCUUAUACAUGUAUCAACCUAUGUUGCUCAAGUGGGUAAUGUUUCCAAAAGUUUUGACACCAACAAGCACAUAAAAUAUUUAAAAGAGUCAGCCUCCCUCGUUGAGCAAAGAAUUUUGGAGGCUAUAUGCGCCACUUGGGUCAAUGAUUGCUCGCAGUUUUACGAUCUUGAGAAUUGGGAGAUGUACAGAGUAGAAGGCAACCACAAAAGCACGGUUUAUACAAAGCUGAUGCAAAUCAUGCAAUAUUACGAACGAUAUGUGCUUCGAAAACUAGCAGCUUUAGUAUUCGACAGGAGCGAUCUUCCUCAAAGUGAAUAUAGGGUUGUUUCAGCGUAUCCAAGCAAGCGCACUCUUGUCAGCCUUGAAAUCCAAUUUAUGAGGAGUAUUAAUGUUUUGAUGGAUUCCAUAAUGAAGAAGUUUACCGCGACGAAAAGUAAAUACAACAAUACUCAGGACUUUGAAAGGCAUGAUAUUGACAAUGACAUUUUCAAAAUAAUGACGAUGAACAACUUCCAGGUUCUUGGAGAGGUCAUGUUCCCAUCUUUGAUAAAGAGGUUUGAUCAGCUUUUCAACAAGGAUUUGCAUAAGCAAAACCUAAAAUUGUAUGCUGACCUUGAUAAAGUUAUCAUUACAGUCUUAGACGAGAUAAGCGAUAAUGAGAAGUCGUGGAUCGAGAAGCGGAUUAUGGUUCAUUUUGAGAGCUUGGACAAGAAGCUCAGCAAUGAUACUUUUCAGGUUGACCCAUUUGUCUAUGAGUGCUUGAUGCAUUUUGUUAAAUUGGUCCAUGUCUUUAAGCCGAUAACUGCCGAACUGACGUUUAACAACUUGAUACACGAAUUACAGAAUCACUUUCUAAAACAACUUACUCGCGCUAUACGCGAGGUAAAGGAAAAACAACACAUCAUAGUGCGUAUUCUUGGUAACCUUCGUCUUGAUCUCGACUACUUCAUUGAUGUUUUUGAGUCCAGUGAUAGUCUAAGGUUAGACGAUUAUUCCCUUUCAUUGGGCAGGGUUGCCGUGAAGGAGAUUAAAGAAUGCGAAAGGAUAUUUAAAGACCUCGAUUAUACAGAUGAUGACAUUGAGUCUGCUCUCAACAAGGCAGUGGAGCACAGUCAAAAGGAAUUUUCCUGCUUCAUUUAG